UCCUUUUCAACUCUCUUUAACCCUCCGCCCCCCCCCCUUUAAGCUCGUCAAUAAGUACCCCACCUUCUUCACGCUUUCCAUUCACCCCAAAAUCAACACACCAACACUUCUUUCUCUUUGAAAAAAAAAUGGUUGCUGCUACUUCUUCCUUGAGUGUGCUGUGCUUUGCUUCAUUCUUGUCAUAUUUUGUUGUGGUGAAUGCUAGAAUCCCUGGAGUUUACUCUGGUGGCCCUUGGGAAACUGCCCAUGCUACUUUUUACGGUGGCAGUGAUGCUUCUGGAACAAUGGGCGGUGCAUGUGGGUAUGGGAAUCUCUACAGCCAAGGCUAUGGCGUGAACACAGCAGCUUUAAGCACAGCGCUUUUCAACAAUGGCCUUAGCUGCGGUGCUUGCUUUGAGAUCAAGUGUGACAAUGACCCAAGAUGGUGUCACCCUGGCAACCCUUCCAUUUUUGUCACUGCUACUAACUUUUGCCCUCCUAACUAUGCUCUCCCAAGUGACAAUGGCGGUUGGUGCAACCCUCCACGCCCUCACUUUGACCUUGCCAUGCCUAUGUUCCUCAAGAUCGCUGAGUACCGUGCUGGUAUCAUCCCAGUCUCCUUCCGUAGAGCGCCGUGCCGAAAGCAAGGGGGAAUCAGAUUCACUAUCAACGGAUUCCGUUACUUCAACUUGGUUUUGGUCACCAACGUCGCGGGUGCAGGGGAUAUCGUGAAGGUGAGCGUGAAGGGAACCCAAACUGGUUGGUUGAGCAUGAGCCGUAACUGGGGACAAAACUGGCAGUCGAACGCCGUUUUGGUUGGCCAGGCACUCUCGUUUAGAGUCACGGGCAGUGAUAAGCGAACCUCCACCUCCUGGAACGUGGCACCAGCUAAUUGGCAGUUCGGCCAAACCUUCACGGGAAAGAAUUUUCGCGUUUAAAUGCCCACUCAUUCACAGUCCACCCCCCUUUCCCUUUAAAUUUUUAUCAUCGCUUCUUUAAAUAACUUUCUUUUAAUCUUUGUUUCCCGCCCUUCUAUUUUCCUUUAUUUUCCCGGGAAAGUUUGAAGUGGUGGGUUGGUGGGUAAAAAGGAUUAUGGGUAGGAUUUAUCGAAAAGAAAGUGAAAAAAGAAUUAUGAUAGUUCGAAAAGUAACUAAAGUGAACUGUGUGGUAACUUUUUUUGACCUAAUGUUUGGGUCAGUGUUUCUUUUCUUUUGAUUGUCAUUGAGCUGGAGGUAAUACUAAAAAAAAAUUCCAGCGAAUGGUAAAAGGUUGUAACAAGGGCUGAAGCGGCUGCAAAUCAAACAAAGCGUGUAGCCCGCAGCUCUUGCUCAUAUAGUAAUUUCCAUUUUUACUACUAUAAUAAAUAUGUUGCUUCGCUUGUUCCAUUGAGCUCUCUCUUUAUUGUAAUGCAGUAGUUGUGACGGCCAUUAAUA